AUGGAAAAGGAUAAUGCCAAUCCUACUAUCCUAAACACUUCUCAGCUUCCGACAAGACAACGUAAGAAGGGGCGCAAAGUUCAAAGAAAUGACGUGGCCAAAAUCAGUAAUAUCAUGCGAAAGCCACAAUACCUAUCAGAUCCCUUCUACAAUAUCUCGUGGUCUGAUGACACAGAGAGCGAUGACGAGUUCACUGCAGAGCCCAUUGACGAACAGGAAGUAUACGAUCUGAUAUCGACCAUCUCUGACCCUGAGCAUCCACUUUCCUUAGGUCAACUAGCGGUGGUUAAUUUGCCUGACAUUCAUAUAACACCGUCUCCAUCAGCAGGUGCGGAUCCCAAUACUUUGACGCGAGUCUUGGUCGAGAUCACCCCUACCAUUACCCACUGUUCACUGGCAACCGUUAUCGGCCUCGGUGUACGAGUACGUCUAGAACAAGCACUUCCUCCCAACUACCGAGUGGAUAUCGUGAUCAAAGAGGGAACUCACAGCCAGGACGACCAGGUAAACAAACAACUAGCCGACAAGGAAAGGGUUGCCGCAGCCUUAGAGAAUGAUACCCUUAGGGGCGUCCUAGACAAGAUGCUGGAGACUUGCCUAUGA